AUGGCUGCGUCCACCAUGUCCGUCUGCUCCAGCGACGUGAGCUACGGCCGCCGGAUCUGCCUGCCCGGCUCCUGCGACUCCUGCUCGGACCCCUCCUGGCAGGUGGACGACUGCCCCGAGAGCUGCUGCGAGCCCUCCUGCUGCACCGCCACCUGCUGUAACUCCACCUGCUGCGCCCCCACCUGCUGUAACUCCACCUGCUGCGUCCCCACCUGUUGCACCCCCGCCCCCUGCCUGACCCUCAUCUGCACCCCAGUGAGCUGUGGGCCCAGCCCCUGCCAAUCUGUCUGCACCAGCUCCUGUGAGCCCUCCUGUGGCCAGCAGUCUAGCUGCCAGCCUGCUUGCUGCACGUCCUCUCCCUGCACGUCCUGCUGUGUGCCUAUCUGCUGCAAGCCCGUCUGCUCUGUGCCCACCUGUUGUGGGGUUUCCCCCUGCCAGGACACUUCCUGCUGCCAGCAGUCUAGCUGCCAGCCUGCUUGCUGCACAUCAUCCCCCUGCACGUCCUGCUGUGUGCCCAUCUGCUGCAAGCCCGUCUGCUGCAGGCCCUCCUCCUGCGUGUCCCUCCUCUGCCGCCCCGUGUGCAAGCCCGCCUGCUGCGUGCCCACCUCCUCCUGCUGUGUCCCCGCCUCCUCCUGCCAGCACAGCUGCUGCCGCCCGGCCUCCUGCGUGUCUCUCCUCUGCCGGCCCGCGUGCCCCCGCCUGGCCUGCUGUGGCCCCUCCCUGGCCCGGGCAUCCUGCUCGGGGCCACUGCUGCAGGGGACAGCUCUCCUCACACAGCCACCUCUGCUGGGGACCCUCAUCGCCCUGACCAAGGCCUUCUCAGAGCCACCUCCAGCUGGCACUGCCCCCCAGUCCUCCUGCCCGCCCCUCUGCUUCCACGGGGUGAUGACCUCCUCCGACGCAGCUGAGGACACGUCUCAGCUCGCCUGCUGGAAGGGUGAUGGGAGCCCGGGGCAGACACGAGUCACCCGCCACCCCGGCCGAGGCCGUCCUCGGUCGCUGAGAGCAGCCUCCCGCGCCCCAGGCAGGGCAGUGAGCUCGGCCUCGCUCACCUCCUGCCCCUCUCCCGCCAUGGCUGCAUCCACCAUGUCUGUCUGCUCCAGCAACAUGAGCUACGGCCGCCGGGUCUGCCUGCCCGGUUCCUGCGACUCCUGCUCGGACCCCUCCUGGCAGGUGGACGACUGCCCCGAAAGCUGCUGCGAGCCCCUCUGCUGCGCCCCCAGCUGCUGUGUUCCCACCUGCUGCGCCCCCACCUGCUGUAACUCCUCCUGCUGUGCCCCCACUUGCUGCACUCCCAGCUGCUCUGCCCCCACCUGCUGCGCCCCAUCCUGCUGUCCCCCCACCUGUUGCACCCCAGCCGCCUGCCUGACCCUUGUCUGCACCCCAGCUAGCUCUGGGCUAAGCCCCUGUCAAUCGAUCUGCACCAGCUCCCGUGAGCCCUGCUGCCAGCAGUCUAGCUGCCAGCCCGCUUGCUGCACGUCCUCCCCCUGCACGUCCUGCUGUGUGCCCGUCUGCUGCACGCCCGUCUGCUGCAAGCCCGUCUGCUCUGUGCCCACCUGCUGUGGGGUCUCCCUCUGUGAGGACACUUCCUGCUGCCAGCAGUCUAGCUGCCAGCCUGCUUGCUGCACGUCCUCCCCCUGCACGUCCUGCUGUGUGCCCGUCUGCUGCAGACCCUCCUCCUGCGUGUCCCUCCUCUGCUGCCCCGUGUGCAAGCCUGCCUGCUGCGUGCCCCCCUCCUCCUGCUGUGCCCCCGCCUCCUCCUGCCAGCCCAGCUGCUGCUGCCCGGCCUCCUGCGUGUCCCUCCUCUGCCGGCCCGCGUGCCCCCGCCUGGCCUGCUGCGGCCACACCUCAGCCCGGACGUCCUGCUGCUGA